AAAAAAGGUUUUGAGCUUGGAGGAGAGAGAAGAAACCAACAAAAGAGGAGAGAGCUUGAGCUUCAAGAAUUUGCUUACUCUCCCAAUACAUCUCUCUAUUUAUCUAUCUAUAUCACACCAAAAUCCCAAAUGCUUUCUCUCUCCUAAAAUCAUCAAUCACAGCAACAACAAUAACAAUGUCCUCUUGGCUAUCAAUCUCUCUCCCCAACCCCUUCAAAUCCGACGAUCAAAACCUCUCUCCUCCAUCCCAACACUCUACGCCUUCCUCGGGCGAUCACAGCCCCACCGUCGGCGUCAAAGAGGACCUCUCCGUCCUCGGCCAGACCAUCGGCCGCCAACUCCGCGGCGUCGCCGCCUUCCUCGCGCCUCCUCCGCCUCCUCAACCACCGCCUGAUUCCUCUUCUCAGACACUCGUUGGCAUAAGGAACGAUCUAGUCGAGAUCGGCGGUAGCUUCAAGUCCUCUCUCUCUCUACUCUCCUCCAACAAAGCCGUCUCUGAGAUCUCUCGAUUGGCCUCCAAUUUGUUGCAGUUUGAGACCAUCCAAGCCAAUGAGGUUGAAGGAGAUGACGAGGACGAGGACGAGGACGAGGACGAGGACGAUGAAGACGAUGGCUCUGAAGUGGCUGGGGUUACAGAUGAAGUUCUCCACUUCGUUCAGGAGAUUUCGUCAAGGUCAGAGUUUUGGACCGACUUUCCGCUCUCACUAGAUAAUGAUUUCGUUAUGUCUGAUGCUCAGAAAGAACAUGCUUCAACUGUUGAAGAUCUGGUCCCAAAUUUUGCAGCUUUGAGGCAUCAAACCUGCAGUUCUUUGAGUGAAGAAAAUUUUUGGAUGAUAUAUUUUAUUUUGUUGCUCCCAAGACUGCAUGAGCAUGAUGCCAAGCUUCUAUCAACACCUGAGAUUGUUGAAGCGAGACGGAUACUUUUGCAGAAGCUGCACGAAAACAGGAACACACCAGUAGAGGAGACUUCUGACGACUCCCCGACCAUUAAUUUGUCUCAGGAGGGUGAAAGGGCCGAUAACACACAAGGACAUGACAGCCCAUCUCAGGGAAAGGAAGUUUUGGCCGAAAGUGCAAGUGAAGAACGAGAUGUGAAAAUCCACCAUGAGAAUACCGAUCAGUGGUUAGAAGAGGAAGAUGUCGAUGAUGCGCCUACCUCCUCUGCAGCAGAUGCCCAGAAACAGCCAGAAACUGAGGAGGAUGUCUCAUUCAGCGACCUCGAGGACGAUGAUAACGAUCUCUCUGGUAGAUUAUCAUCAAGGUUUAAGCCGUCAGGGCAUGAACGGGUUGCUUCGCCCAAUGGAUCGAACGAAUGGGUUCGGCUCAAUGAAAGUUCUGGAACUCGGGACAGUGGUUUGAAAAACAUGGGAUCGACUUCUCGAGAAAAGGAUUCAGAAGGUGAGGAUUCAAACGAUUGGCUCACUGUUGAUGAUGUUGAUUCAGACAGUGUGGUGGCUGUUUGAAUCAACUCUUUCCUUCAAACUGUGUUUAUUAAUUUUAAAACCCUAUGAAAAAUAAGCUUUUGUUUAAAUUAAAUUAUGAAUCCAUAUUGAAAAAGAAAAAAGAAAAAAGAAGUUUGAAUUUGGUGUUUCUAGGUCAUUUGUGCUGUGUUUUUUAGUUUAAAGUUGUACAUAUACUUCAUUAUUAUUGUGUUCAUAAAGAAGUGAAAGUUGUUCCAAAUUGCAACUAAAUGCAUUUUCUUUGCAUCUUCAA